UUUCCAGCUUCAUCCAUGUCCCUACAAAGGACAUGAACUCAUCCUUUUUUAUGGCUGCAUAGUAUUCCAUGGUGUAUAUGUGCCACAUUUUCUUAGUCCAGUCUAUCAUUGAUGGACAUUUGGGUUGGUUCCAGGUCUUUGCUAUUGUGAAUAGUGCCGCAAUAAACAUACGUGUGCAUGUGUCUUUAUAGCAGCGUGAUUUAUAAUCCUUUGGGUAUAUACCCAGUAAUGGGAUGGCUGGGUCAAAUGGUAUUUCUAGUUCUAGAUCCUUGAGGAAUCACCACACUGUCUUCCACAACGGUUGAAGUAGUUUACAGUCCCACCAACAGUGUAAAAGUGUUCCUAUUUCUCCACAUCCUCUCCAGCACCUAAUGUUUCCUGACUUUUUAAUGAUCGCCAUUCUAACUGGUGUGAGAUGAUAUCUCAUUGUGGUUUUAAUUUGCAUUUCUCUGAUUGUUUUCUUUCUUUCUUUCUUUCCUUUUUUUUUUUCUUUAAUGUUGCUUCACAUUGGCUAGUAGUGCAAAGAGAGCAUCGGGUUUUCUGAGGAGCCUAAACAUAGCUCUGCCAGGCAGGAUCAUGCCCAGAGAAAACAGUAAAGGUCAGCAUCUUACUGUUCCUUACCCAUGUUUUUAUGGUGUUCAUAUUGCCUUUCUAGUCUUUCCCAAAUUAGCUGGUUUAAUUUCCUCAGUAUUCUUUGCAGCUGUACUAACCAAUGUCAUCAAGUAAUUAUACUUAUUUGACAAGGGCUAAUGCUUCUUUUCCUAGGUCAAUCUAUGUUUUGACUUAAUCCUGCUGGGAAUAAAAAGUCUUCAUCCAGUUUGAUGUCUGCAAUGGUGGAAAUGCUGGGUUCUGUUGCAGACUAAUAGUAGAGGAUGCCUCUUUCUAUUCAGUGCUGGUCUAGCUAAAGAGCUAUGCCACCAGAACAAUUGUGUCCAAUGUGCAAGCAUAAAAUUAUUUUUAUAGUAGGACCAGUGAUAAGCCUGAUGUUGUAAUAUCUAGUACUUACAGAUGAAUGAGUUUAUGCUAUUCACUAAACUACAGUGUACUUUGGGCCUUUAUCUGCUGUACAGAAAGUUUGCAGGACGAGGUCAAGUGAAGAGUACUGGCUGCCAUGGGGCCUUCAGCACUGACAAGGCAGAAGGUGCUGCUGUGUUAACUCUGUAAUUAUGUGUUUAUUUUAGAAAAGUAUAGUCUACUCCUUAGACUUAAUAUGCCUUUGUCAAUUCCCUCUUAAUAUUUACCCACGACUUUAGCCUCUUGAGUUAAAUCUUGGGUAAACACAGGGAUUUUCAGAGACUGGUGAGUAGAGAAAUAUCUACUUGGUCAUAUCAGAACAUACAGAAAUCUUGCUUCUACUAGCAUCCUAUCUAGAUAGAGAGAAACUUUAAAAAAUAUUGUCUUUUACUGCUUCCCCAAGGGAAAUUAGUGCUAUACGAAAUUAAGAUAGGCCAUAGUUAUGCCUAUUUAAAGAAAACAUUUUCACAGUUUGAAAAAUAUGCCCAUUUUAUGAAGGUAUAAUUUCUUAAGUUUGCAUUCACUCAUGCGGGAGUGACUUAGGUGGAUCAGCACCUUAUCCAAGAAGGGAUUGAAGAAUGAAUGAAAUUAAAUUCAUAUUGGAGUAGUAGCCUCUAUUAUAACUGGUUCAACUUUCUAUAAAAAUACUCAAGAAGAUAUAUGCCAAAAAGAAGUCACUGCCACUAAAAAUUUGUUUUUAUAGUCAAGCUAGUUUUGAUUCUUGUAGAGAAUUCUACUAAUGAGAUGUUUGGUGGAACUAGAAUGAACAAUUUCAACAGGUGAUUCCCUUAUGCUGUGGCCAAACGGAGGGAAGACCUUUAAUCAUUUGGCUGCUAUCUUUCCCUUGCUUCAGAAACAUGGAAACGCUAAUCAGAAAAGUGAACAAGAAUUACUAUACAUGUAAGUACUUUUGUGAAGCAUCACUUUUAAUGAAGACAUCUUUUGCAUAUGCAUGUGAAGAAUGCAAAUAGUGGUUACUCAAAUAAAUGGUCAUAUAUUCGUUUUCUGUGGCUGCUGUAAUAAAUUAACACAAACUUUGAGGUUCAAAAUGACAUAGAUUUAUUAUUUUACAGUUUGGGAGGUCAGAAGUUUGAAAUAGAUGGAUAUUAGUGGGCUAAGAUGUUAGUCAGGCUGAAUUCCUUUCUGAGGUUUCUAAGGGAAAAUGUGUUUCCUUGUCCUUCCUACCUUCCAGAAGCUGCCUGCAUUCCUUAGCUUGUGGCCCCCUUUCAUCUUCAACAUCAGCAAUGGCCAUUCAACUCUUUUUCCUAUUGCAUUGCUCUGACUCUUCUACUUCUGUUUUUGAGAUUUAAUGACCCUCGUGAUUACAUUGGUCACACCCCGGUACUGGAGGAUAAUCUCCCUGUUUUAAGGUCAAUUAGCAAACUUAAUUCUAUCUGCUACCUUAAUUUUCCUUUGCCAUGUAAUCUAACACAUUCACAGAUUUUAGGGACUAGAAUGUAGACGCCUUUGGAAGGCCAUUAUCCUGCUUACUAAAUAGGGCAGAAAUAUUUUUGGAAAUGUAUUUGUCAGGAUCUGUCACAGUAAAAGCACUAUAUCUAUGCUGAAACUACGAGGGCCUUGGGGAUUGUUGUUUUUCAUAACACAGAUGCAGGUAGUGAUACAAGAAGAGUCUAUGCCAAUCCCAACAGGUAUGCUAGGUGGAAAACCUGCUAGAGGAUGGAAAUUAGGAUAUAAGUUUUGUAAACCAACGUGUCAUUUAGCUGUAAGAGAUUUAUGUUUAAGUGACACAUAAAGACAAUCUUCAUCUCUUUCUUGGCAAACACUGUCUCUUUCAUGAUAAACUAAAAUAAAAAGAAAUCAUUAUGGACAAGGAAAAGGGAACAGUAUCUCAGAGACUCAGAGUAAAUGUUGACCUCCCAAGAUGAUAUGUCGCAGAAAUCUGAAGGGAUUUUUUGUCAUCCUCAACAGCAUCAGGAAACAGAAAGUGAAAUGAGAGAAUAAGUUUAGAUUAUAAAAAGUAGGAUUAUUUGGAAAAGGAGAUGGAUUAGUCAAGAAAAUAUUGUAAAGAGACCAGAAUGUCAUAACACAAUUGAAGUCUGUGUCGGAAGCUGAAAAGAAAUCACUAUUUUAAAAAAAACUCAUGGCCAGGUGUGGUACCUCAAGCCUGUAAUCUCAGCACUUUGGGAGACAAUGCAGGCAGAUUGCUCAAGCCCAGGAGUUUGAGACCAGCCUUGGCAACAUGUAAACCUGUCACUUCAAAAAAGGCAAAAAUUAGCCAGGUGUGGUGGCACACACCUGCAGUCCCAGCUACUUGGGAGGCUGAGGUGGGUAGAUCACCUGAGCCUGGGGAGGUGGAGGCUGCAGUGAGCUGUGGCUGUGCCAUUGCCCUCCAGCCUGGAUGACAGAGACCCUGUCUCAAGAGAAAAAAAAGAAGAAAAAGAAAAAAUCAAGAGGGGAAAAAAAUUGAUAAUUUCUGUUGAAAUGAACAGGUGCAAUAAAAAUUAAAAUAACAAAAGAGAGGAUUAAAAAUAUAGAAAAUAGAGAUCAUAGACUUGAACACCCAGAACCAAAGUAAGAAUCACAGAUGUUCUUGAGGCAGAAGCAAUUAGACACAAAUAGUAGUGAAAGAUUAAUAAAAGCUCUUCGGAGCACAAUGAACAAACAAAAAACAAAACCCAAUACCAAAAAACAAAAAUUGAAGGGACUUUCCAUACUCCAGGCAACAUUAAUGAAAAGGGUUUUAUAUCAUUUCAACUUGGUAAUUUUUUAAAGAGCAAAGUAAAAAAAAUCCUUCACACGCACAGGCAAACAAAACAGCCUUAUAAAGGAGCAAAAAAUCAGAUUUUUUUUUUUUUGGCCACACUAUAUGGUACAAAAUAUUGCUAUAAAACCUACUGCUUAGAACAGUUAGGACUCUGGAUGAACUGUAGCAAUCUGUGCAUUAACAAUCUCUCUAGGAGAUUCUUAUACAUACUAACAUUUAGGAACCACUGCCCAGGUAACUGAGAGAGAAACUGAAGUUAAGAAUUCAGUAACAGAGACUUCACAGAUGGUGCUGCCACUGGGAGCCCCAUAUUACCAGCUAUGGUCAACCCCACUGUGUUCUUCGGCAUUGCUGUCAAUAGCGAGCCCUUGGGCUGCGUCUCCUUCGAGCUGUUUGCAGACAAGCUUCCAAAGACAGCAGAAAAUUUUCAUGCUCUGAGCACUGGAGAAAAAGGAUUUGGUUAUGAGGGUUACUGCUUUCACAGAAUUAUUCCAGGGUUUGUAUGUCAGGGUGGUGACUUCACAUGCCAUAAUGGCACUGGUAGCAAGUCCAUCUACAGGGAGAAAUUUGAUGACGAGAACUUCAUCCUGAAGCAUACAGGUCCUGGCAUCCUGUCCAUGGCAAAUGCUGGACCCAAUGCAAAUGGUUCCCAGUUUUUCAUGUGCCCUGCCAAGACCAGGUGGUUGGAUGGCAAGCAAGUGGUCUUUGGCAGGGUGAAAGAAGGCAUGAAUAUUGUGGAGGCCAUGGAGCGCUUUGUGUUCAGGAAUGGCAAGACCAGCAAGAAGGUCACCAUUGCUGACUGUGGACAGCUCUAAUAAGUUUGACUUGUGUUUUAUCUUAACCACCAGACCAUUUCUUCUGUUGCUCAGGGGAGCACCCCUCCACCCCAUUUGCUCGCAGUAUCCUAGAAUCUUUGUGCUUUCACUGCAGUUCCCCUUGGGUUCCAUGUUUUCCUUGUUCCCUUCCAUGCCUAGCUGGAUUGCAGAGUAAAGUUUAUGAUUAUGAAAUAAAAACUAAAUAACAACCACAACAACAACAAAAGAAUUCAGUAACAGAGAAGUGGCUGGUUGUUAAUAAUUAAACCAAGUUAACAAAAAGUGAGAUUUAAGUGAUUGUAACUUUAAUUAUAAUACUGAAUGCAAAUGUAAAACUAUGCUUUUGAAAGAGAAAAUAUGUCACACAAAAUAAUGCUUUAAUAAGCAUUAAAUAUUUAAUACUUUAAUAUUUAACACUAAGCAAUGAGAAACCCAGGAUCAUAUUUACAAGGUCCAGAAAUAAAUUUGUGACAAAUUCUCAUUUUUCUAGGGGUAGACUCAAAUAUUCUAAAUAUUUGAAAGUUUUAAAAUGUAUUCGUUCAACAAAUAUUAAUAUUCUUUGUGAUAUACCAGGUGCCACUAUUAGAAACAAAAUGGGAUGCAUGACUUCCAAACCAAUGGAGAGAGAAAAGAAUGUGCAGCCUGAUCUAAAUCACCAAGUACUGUCGUCCCUUGGUAUCUGUGAAGGAUUGCUUCCAGAUACCAAAAUUUGUGGAUGCUCAAGUCCCUGGAAUAAAAUGGCAUAAUAUUUGCAUGUAACCUACAGACUACUUUAAAUUAUCUCUAGACUGCUUAUAAUACCUAAUGCAGUGUAAAUGCUAUAUAAAUAGUUGUAUUGUUUAGGGAAUAAUGAUAAUAAAAUGUCUGUACAUAUUCAGUAUAGAUGCCAUUUUUUUUUCCUGAGUGUAUUAGUCCUUUUUACUGCUGCUGAUAAAGACAUACCUGAGACUGGGCAAUUUACAAACAAAGACGUUUAUUGGACUUGCAGUUCCACGUGGCUGGGGAGGCCUCACAAUCAUGCCAGAAGGUGAAAGGCAAGGAGGAGCAAGUCACAUCUUAUGUGGAUGGCAGCAGGCAAAAAGAGAGAGCUUGUGCAGGGAAACUCCUGUUUUUAAAACCAUCAGAUCUUGUGAGACUUAUUCACUAUCAGGAGAACAGCAUGAGAAAGACCCACCCCCCAUGAUUCAAUUAUCUUCCACCAAGUCCCUCCCACAACACAAGGGAAUUAUGGGAGCUACAAGAUGAGAUUUGGGUGGGGACAGAGAGCCAAACCAUAUCACUGAGCAUUUUCAAUCCAUGAUUGGUUGAAUCCACAGAUGUGGAACCCACAGACAAGGAGGGCCAAUAGUAUAUAAAACAAAGAAAAAACUGUAAAGCAUAAACUACACAAAGCAUGCAAUAAGAUUACAGUGUUACAAACAUAUCAUUUACGGCAAUAAAAAUAAAUAGUAUAAAGUCCCCCAGUGGAAGAAAAAUUAGAUAAUUUGACCAUGGCUGGACAUGGGGGCUUACACCUGUAAUCCCAGCACUUUGGGAGGCUGAGGUGGGUGGAUCACCUGGGGCCAGGAGUUUGAGACGAGCCUGGCCAAUAUGGAGAAACCCCAACUCUACUAAAAAUAUAAAAAUUAGCCUGGCCUUGUGGCGAGUGCCUGUAAUCCCAGCUACUCAAGAGGCUGAGGCGGGAGAAUCACUUGAACCCAGGAGGUGGAGGGUGCAGUGAGCUGAGAUUGCACCAUUGCAUUCCAGCCGGGGCAGUAAGAGCGAAACUCUGUCUAAAAAAACAAACAAACAAACAAACAAACAAACCAUAAUUUGACCAAAUAGUCUAUCUGAAUAUUGAUGUUCAGCAAGGGGAUAUUAUAUGUUUGUAAAAAGCCAUUUUCUUAGUAUUAUUAUCCUUUGGUUAAGUCUUGCCACUGCCAUAUAUUACCUGAAUGACCUUGGGAAAUGCAUCUAACCUAUCUGGCUUUGAAUUUCCUUAUGCAUAACAUAGGAAUGACAUUUCCCCUGUACCUGAUAUGUUGAAAAGAGCAAACAUAAAUGUGAAAGCAUUGUGUAAAGCUGAAUCUCAUUGUGAAAUGUUUAUUAAACUAGUCUAUUAAAAUACAACAACUGUAUAUUUCAGUUAAAAAGCAAAAUCUAACUGUAGGGUACUGAGAAGAAAUAUACCUAAAACAAAGUAACUCAUUAGAUUAAAAAAGAAAGAACAAUAGAAUGGACAAGAUUUAUUAGGCAGAAGCGAAAUUAAAAAAAAGUAAUCUUGGCAAUAUUUAGAUGAAAUAGAAUCAAAGGCUAUAAAAAUAUUAAAUGCAAUCAAGAAGGUUAUAUUUUCUUUAAGAUAGACUUCACAAUGAAGAUAAGGCAGUUCUGAAUUUUUAUUGACAUGGUAACAGCCUCAAAAUACAUGAAACAAAGGCUGUUAGAAAUAUAAGGAAAAAUUGAUGGAAGUAGAAUUGUUGUAUGACACUUUAAUACACUUUUAUUGAUCUUUCAUGGGUCAAAUAAACACAGAAUUGAUAGAGUAUUUUAAUAAUCUAACAAAGCUGAUUUAAUAAAUAUUUAUUAAAUUUUGUUCUCUAGAAAUAAGCAAUACACUUUUUUAAGAAGCCAUGAAGCAUUUAGAAAAAAAUCGAUCAUAUAUUAUAUCUCAAAGAAACCAUAUUAAAUUAUGAAAUAUAAAGUGUUAACAGGCUCCAUGCUCUGCCUACACUGAAAUAGAGCUAGACAUUAAUAGCAAAAGUUUAAAUGCAAAAAUCAGUAGCUUGGAAAAGAGAAAUAAUGAUAACAAAAACCAAAUUUUUUUCUAAAAACUCCAGAUUCAAAUAGGAAAGGAAACUAUGUAAUAAACUGUUAGGAGAGUAAGAACUCUAUGCAUCAAUAUUUUAAAUGGCUAAAGCUGUAUUUAGCAGAAAAUUAAUAGCCCUGAGAACUUUCAUUAUUAAAGGAGAGUAACAAAAUCAGUCUGUGGAAAAUAAAACUAAUGAAUUAAUAAGUAGAGACUCCUUUUUUUUCUGUUAAAUAAGACCAACAAGCAAAUAAUAUUUAUUUAACGAGCUAGAAAUAGGAGGAGCUUACGCAGCAUAAUACAAGAUAUUUACUGGAAACCUGUAGCAAGGUAUGUUAUUUAACGUUAACGUUGUAAAUAUUACUUUCACUGCCACAAAUGAGAUGAGUGCUUGUGAUUUUUGUAAAAGUUGAAUCCCAAAGAACAAUUUCUGCUUCCCAUGUAGUCUGUAAACCCUCACAAAACACAAACAACAGCAACAACAAAACUCUCUGAGGGAUCUGAAGAAUGAACAAAGGCAGCAAGAUUCUCAAAGGGGGUUGAAGACACCUGGAAGUAGUAUAGGUUAAAUUUCUUAUGACUAUUAUCCUGAGGUCAAGCCACAGGUAGGGCCACACAGAGUGGCUGAAACUCCUGUAGGAAGCUCAGUCUUUCUGGCCUUAUGAACCAGGGGACAGAGUUUGGAGCAACCCCAGCUACUGGAAAGUGAGGGAGGAAUGUCAUUAAAAAGAGGGCCAGAAAAGGAGCAUUACAAAUUUUUGGUGUAAAUUCUGCUCAAAUCUCUGGCUGACCUUUGGAAUAUACAUACACAGGCAGACCAAAGCAGUCAGUGAAUUUGAUAAUAUCAAUAUAGAUUUUCUCCAUGAAGAACAGAGAUUGUAUUUUUAAAAAGGAUUAAAAAAAAAGCAACCAGAGCCUCAGGUUCCUAUGGGAUAAUUCUUUUAACAUAUGAGUAAUUGGUUCCCCAGAAGGAAAGGUGAUAGAGAAUGGGUCAUAAAAAUAUUAGGUUGGUGCAAAAGUCAUCGUGGUUUUGCAAUUACUUUUCAUUACAAAACCCACAAUUACUUUUGUGCCAACCUAAUAUUUGAAGAAACAGUGGCCCCACACACUUCCCAAAAUUGGUGAGAGAUAAAUGUACACGUUCAAGAUGCUGAGGCACAUUGUAAUCAAAUUGCUGAAAACCCAAGACACUAUCUUGAAAAUAGCCGGAGAAAAACAACACAGUAUAUACACAAUACUGCACUGUUAAAUACUGCCAACCUACCUUCAAAAACUAUGAAAGCAAGAAGACAAUGAAACAAUAUCUUCAAUGUGCUGAAAGGAGAUGAGACUAUCCAAUCCAGAAGUCCAUAUCCAAAGAUACUCAUACUUCAGGAACGGAGUCAAAAUAAAGUUGCAUUCAGAAAAACAAAAACAGAAUAUUUAUUGCCAGCAGACCAACUUACACUGUAAAAAAUGUUUUGUUCUUUGGGAUGACAAGAAAAAAUAGAUGAAAACUCAGAUCCUUAUGUAAAAAUAAAGAAAGAAAUCAUAAAUAGUAAGAUAAAUAUAAAAAUCCAUUUUUUCCUCCUAAUGUUUUAAGAAUAUGUAUGUUUGUUUAAGUAAAAACUAUAGCAUCAUUUUUAUGGGAUUUAUAAUACAGGUAGAUGUAAUUUCAAUGACAACUUGAAUUUAGAGGGAGUUUGUAAAUAGAUUCAUACAUGUGUGAGGUUUCCAUAUUGUAUGUAAAUAGUAUAAUAGUAAUUCUAGGUAGACUGUAAAAAGAGAGGUUGGAUUGAAUUCCUGGUAAUAUGUGUUUAAAUGGAAUGAAUACUCGUUCUUAGAAUGAAGAGAAGUGUGCAGAAUGGAACUUUGCAAGCCCUUACUGGCCCAUAUGUCACGAGGUGGAGAUGUCACCAUUUUCUCUAUGGCUCCAGAUCAAGCAAUCUCUCGACAAAAAGCAAGCUGGCUUCGAGUAACCUUCAAACUGAGUGUACCAGGCCAAUCCAGAAGACAUAACAUGGUUGCUUUCUUUCUCCUGUCCAUUUUAGUAUCUUAAGUAGCAGCAGAUAGAAGGUCCAGAAAAAAGAAAGAGGAUGACAUUGUAGGGGAGGCCAAAUUUUCUCUCUUAGGGUUUUUUAGCUCGGCCUGAGGAUUGAAUUGACAUAAGACAGAUCAGCAGGAGAAAAGCAUACAAAUUUAAUUCAUUCAAUUUUUAUGUGAGCACAAGAGCCCUCUUAAGGAAAUGAAACCCAAAGACAGAGUUAAAAGUUGAACACUUAUGUACUGAAUUGGGAAAGGAAUAGAAAAUUGUGAGUAUGUGACAAAGCCAACGGGCUUGGGCUAGGGAGGUUAAUUGGGUAGAGAAGUAACUAGGAAGAUAAGGGUUACUUUAAUAAGGUGUGUUUGUUCAGAUUUCUCUCAGCAUCAACUUCUCGUCUUUGAUGAUAAGAACGCUACUUUCCCUCUGGCAUAGGGAGGACAACUUAUCUCCUAUUUCUAAGGAAAAGAAGAAAGCUCAGAGUAUAUUUCUUGUAUCUGCUGUUUUUCCAAGUGUCUUUAAGCUCAAAAUAGUCAAUAUACUAGAGCAACAUAUUUUGGAGUAUUGUGUUCUGAACUCCUUCAAUCUUUAGCAUUUCUCUUCUGUCAUUCUUCAGGCUCUUGAGCACUUUUGAGAAACUAAUAUGAAUGGGAAAGAUGUAAUAUUUACUCCCAGGAAGCUUGCUUUGGUGAUCUAGUUUGUGAACUAGACUCAGGAAACUGGGUAUUGGAAAGGAAGUCACGGAUGUGCAAUGGAAUUUGUAAAGGGGUGGCACAGCCCUUGAAUACUCUCCUUGGAAGAGACCCUGGCACGGAGAGAACAGAGUAUUAACCUCACUCUGAGGUUGGGAAGACUAAGGGAAUCUGAGGUGUGAGGAGGGAUGGAGACGACAGGUCACACAAUGUGAUGGAAAACCGCACAUGGAGUGGAAAGAACAUGAACUCUGGAGUCUGGAACUCCUAUAUCUGGACUUGACACCGUAUUCUGCUAUGUGGCCUUCGGUGAGUGUGCCAAGUUGAAUAUUGGCUCUGCAAACGUAUCCACAUCAAAUUUCUAGAGCUUGUGAAUGUGACCUUGUUUGCAAAAAAAUGGUCCUUGCAGAUAUGAUUAAAUUGAGGAUCUUGAGAUGAGGAAAUUAUCCUGGAUUAUUUUGGGAGCCCUAAAUGCUAUUACAAGAGUCCCAUCAACCACCAGAAGCUGAAAGUGGCAAGGAAUGGAAUCCCUCCUAGAGCCUCUGGAGGGAUCUUUGCUCUUAAACAUCUUAAUAUUGGGCUUCUGGCUUCCAGAGCUGUGAGAGCCACAAAGUUUGUGGUUAUUUUUUAUUGCAGCCACAGUGAAGAAGAUAGUAAAGCCAGCUACUGACCUCUCUGAAUCUCAGUGCCCUCAUCUGUAAGACAGAAUCAGCUAGCUACUUUAUAGCAUUUUUCCAGGAUUAAAUGAGACAUGUAAAAUAGAAAACAAACAAACAAGCAAACAAAGAAAAGAUAAGGAACAUGCUGAGAAAAAAAUAUAGACACCCCUUGUUUGAUGUUACUAAUUGAUUCCUGAUGAUCAGAUGUAUUACCCAAAAAUGAUUUCCUUGAGACAGUUUGCCAUUACUUAAAUGGGAAAAAAUGUGUUAUAUGUCAAACCAACCCUCUAGUGAAUUUCUUGAAGUGUAAGUAAAACACAGUAAAAUAACCAUAGUAGAACAAUAAUGUCACACUGAGACUUAAAAUGCAGGCAUACCUAUAUCUCAGAGAUACUGCAUGUUCACUUCCAGACCAUCACAAUAAAGUGAAUAUUGCAAUAAAACAAGGCACACAAACUUUUUUGUUUCCCAGUGAAUAUAAAAGUUAUGUUUACAGUCUAUAGUAGUCUAGUAUGCAAUAGCAUUAUAAAAAAAAUAUAUUAUCUUAAUUUAAAAAUUUUUUUUGCUAAAAAUACUGGUGAUCAUUUGAGCCUUCAGUAAGUCAUAAUCUUUCUGCUGGUGGAGGGUCUUGCCUUGAUAUUUAUGGCUGCCGACUGAUCAGACUGGUGGUUGUUGAGGGCAGAAGUGGCUGUGGCAAUUUUUUAAAGUAAGAAAACAGUAAAGUUUUCAACAUCAGUGGCUUCUUGCUUUCACGAAUGACUUCUCUGUUGCAUACAGCACUGUUUGCCAGCAUUUUACCCACAAUAAAACUCCUUUCAAAAUGAGUGAAUCCUCUCCAACCCUUCUUUAUCAACUAAGUUUAUGUAAUAUUCUAAAGCUUUUGUUGUCAUUUCAACGAUGUUCAUAACAUCUUCUUCAGGAGUAUAUUUUACCUCAAGAAAUCCUUUUCCUUGCUUACCUGUAAGAAGCAACUCCUCACUCAUUCAAGUUUUAUUGUAAAAUUACAGUAAUUCAGUCACAUCUUCAAGCUUUACUUCUGAUUCUAGUUGUCGCUAUUUCUUCCACAUCUUCAGCUCCUUCCUCCACUGAAGUCUUGAACCCCUCAAAGUCAUCCAUGAGAGUUGGAAUCAACUUCUCCCAAACACCUUUUCAUGUUAAUAUUUUGUUGUCCUCCCAUAAAUCAUGAAUGUUCUCAAUGACAUCCAGAAUGGUGAAUCCUUUCCAGAAGGUUUUCAUUUUACUUUGCCCAGAUCAAUCUGAUAAAUCACUAUGUAUAGUCUUACAAAUGUAUUUCUUAAAUAAUGAGACUUGAAAGUCAAAAUUACUCCUUCACCCAUGGGCUGCAGAAUGGAUGCUGUGUUGGCAGGCAUGAAAACAACAUUCAUUUCCUUUUACGUCUCCAUCAGAACUCUUGGGUGACCAGGUACAUUUUCAGUGAGCAGUAAUAUUUUGAAAGGAAUCUUUUUUCUGAGCAAUAGGUCUCAAGACAGGGCUUAAAAUAUUCAGUAAACCAUACUAUAAACAGAUGUACUGUCAUCCAGGCUUUCUUGUUUCUUUUCAGAGAACAUGAAGAGUUGGUGUAGUAUCAUUCUUAAGGGCCUUAGCAUUUUCAGAAUGGUCAAUGAGCAUUGGCUUCAACUUAAAGUCACCAGCUGCGUUAGCAGCUAACAAAAGAAUCAGCCUGUUCUUUGAAGAUUUGAAGCCAGGUAUUGACUUCUCCUCUCUAGCUAGGAAAAUCCUAGAUGGCAUCUUCUUCCAACAGAGGGCUGUUUCAUCUCUCUUGAAAAUCUGCCUUUGGCCGGGCGUGGUGGCUUACCCCUGUAAUCCCAGCAUUUUGGGAGGCCGAGGCAGGCAAAUAAUGAGGUCAGGAGUUCGAGACCAGCCUAGCCAACAUGGGGAAACCGUGUCUCUACUAAAAAUACAAAAAAUUAGCAGGGCGUAGUGGUGGGCACCUGUAAUCCCAGGUACUUGGGAGGCUGAGGCAGGAGAAUUGCUUGAACCCAGGAGGCGGAGGUUGCAGUGAGCUGAGAUCGCACCAUUGCACUCCAGCCCUGGCGACAGAGUGAGACUAUGUUUCAAAAAAAAAAAAAAUCUGCUGUUUAGUGUAGCCACCUUCAUUAGCUGUCUUAGCUAGAUCUUCUGGAUAACUUGCUGCAGCAUCUAUAUAAGCACUUCCUGCUUUGCCUUUUAUGUUCUGGAGAUGGCUUCUCUCCUUGAACCUCAUGAAUCAGCCUCUGCUGUCUUCAAACUUUUCUUCUGCAGCUUCUUUACCUCUUUUAGCCUUCAUGGAAUUGAAUAUAGUUAGGGCCUUUCUCUGGUUUAAGCCUUGGGUUAAGGGAAUGUUGUGGCUGGUUUGAUCUUCUAUCCAGACCACUCAAACUUUCCCAUAUCCUCAACAAGCCUGUUUCACUUUCUUAUCAUUUGUAUGUUCAUUGGAGUAGCACUUUUAAUUUCCUUCAAGAACUUUUCCUUUGCAUUCACAACUUGGCUAUUUGGUGCAAGAGGCCUAGCUUUCAUCCUAGCUCAGCUUUUGACAUGCCUUCCUCGCCAAGCUUAAUCAUUUCUAAUUUUUGAUCUACAGGGAGAGACAUGGGACUCUUCCUUUCACUUGAACACUUAGAAGCUGUUGUCUGCUUAUUAGUUGGACUAAUUUCAAUUUGUUGUGUCUCAGGGAAUAGGGAAGCCUGAGGAGAGGGAAAAAUGGCUAGUCAGUGCAGCAGUCAGAACACACACAAACAUUUAUUGAUAAAGUUCACCAUCUUAUAUUGGGCCCCAUAACACUUACAAUAGGAACAUCUAAGAUCACUGAUCACAGAUCACCACAACAGACAUAAUAAUAAUGAAUUAGUUUGAAAUAUUGAGAGAAUUACCAAAUUGUGAUACACAGACGUGAAAUGAACACGUGCUGUUGGAAAAAUGGUGCCAAUAGACUUGCUAGAUGCAAAGUUGCCACAAACCUUCAACUUGUAAAACCACAUUAUCUGUGAAGUGCAAUGAAACAAAGUGCAGUAAAACAAGGUAUGCCUGUACUUAAAAAAAUUAUAUCCUCGAUCACUUGUACUUAAAAAAAUUAUAUCCUUGAUGACUUCUACAAUUAACAUGUUAUAAAAUGUUUGCUUUGUACGUAGUAGCUAUUCUCACUUGUUUUGUUUUCUUCUCUAUAAUUGUCUUCAGUGUUUUCUCAACAAUUUGGGGAUUUCAACAAUAAGCAAAAAAAGUAAAAUGGGGAAGGCACUGGGAAAUGUGCUCCAGUGCCUGGUGGCCAAGUGUGGCUCACACUGAUGGUAUGAUGGCCUUUUAGCAUCAGCAACUUCUGAAAUGGGUGUUUCGUGUGUUGUCACUCAGCUUGCUUUCCAAAAUAUCUAUAUGUUAUUCUGAUGUUCUACUGAAUAUGUUUUGAAAAUAUCUUGAUGAUUUUCCUAUAUUUCCUUUUAUUGAAAGUUUUGCAGAGUUUGGUAUUAUAAAUCUAAAGUUUUGCUACAUGAACAUUGGCAAAAAAAAAAAAGUAGAUGAUGAAAUUUGGAUUUUAAAAGCCAAGAGUCAUUUUACCAGGAAAAUGUUAAUCGAGGCAACAUCAUUCAGGUUAUGCCUGUAUUUGCAGAAUGUUUCAUAGUAGAAAAUUAAUAUGAAGUAUAAAAAGAAUUAAUACAAACAAGUAAUCAGAAAUAAAAAUCAAUAGAAAAAUAACUAAGGGGUCUGAAGAAACAUAAAUUGGAGAAGCAACAGAAAUGGACAAUUAAUGAAUGAAAGAAUGUACAACUGCAAAAGUAAUCAGGAAAUGCCUUCUAAAAUCAACACAGCAUAGCUUUUUACAUCUAUCCAAUUGUCAAAAUUAAAGGGAAAAAUAAAUCUAACAAUUCUAGGUGUUGGAGAGGUUGUAAAGCAAUGAAGAUUUUCAUUCACAGAGCAAACUGGUAUAGCCACGGUGGAAUAUAGUGUGGCAUCAUCCAGAAUAGUUGAAGACAUGCAACUCCCAUGGCCCACGUGCCAAGGGGAAUCUGCACAACAUACUUACAAUAGUAUCUUUUUGAUAAUUCAGGAAAAUGUACAUGUUCACCAAUAGCUAAUACAUAAAUAUUAUUAUUCAACUAAGAGACGAUUUUCGAAAAGCAAAAAAAGAAUGAGUAAAAACAACAUAUAGUAACAAGAAUAACUAUAAAUAUAUGUUGAGUAAAGAUGUUUUAAAAUGAGUUUCAGAAGAAUGCAAUCUAAUACCAUUAUAUAACAAUUUAAAACACGCAAAAAAAACCCCAUAAUUUUCAACUGGUUGGCAAAUGUAGUGGAAUUGGGCAUGGGGAUAUUCUCCCUAGAAAAAGAAUUUUUAAUGUUUUUUGAUCUAGUAAUCUCAUUUAUAGAAAUCUUUCUUAAAGAAAUAGAGAUGCAGGCAAAAAUUCAUUAUUAUACUUUGGUAUUAUAGUAUUUAUAGAAUAAUUAAGUACGCUAAAUUAUCUGUCAGUAAACUGCGAAAUUGUUAAAUAAAUUAUGGAACAUAAGGUAGUGUUUUAAAAUCUUUCAAAAAUUAUAUCUAAUGAUAUGGGAAAAUUGCAUUGGUAUAUAAUCUGAAUUUGGUUUAAAAAUUAAACAAAUAGCAAAAAAAGAAGGCAAAUAUAUGAAUAAGACUGGGAACUAUCAAAACACUAUCAAUGUUUAUCUCUGAGUGAUAGAAUAAUAUGUGAUUUUUAAAAAUGUUUUUCUGUAAUUCUCAAAUUAGGUGCAGUAA